CGUCAACAAAAUUUUAUUCCAACUUGAGUUCCGCCGGAGCGGAAGACAACAAUAACACAUCAAGCAUAAACAGAGCAGAAACCCUUUGUUUCCUGCCACUAGUUAUAAGAUUGUGAGCCUACGCGCAUCGAUAUAUUAAGGCGAGGAUAUCUCAGUUAAAAAAAGUGUAGAAGGAUCUUCAAAUUGAGCCAUCCACGGCUUUUAUCGGCUGUGUAUCGACCGAUUUGUGGUCCUGAAAGCCAAAGCUGAUUUUCUUCUGUUUGUUCUUUGGAUAUUGAAUUACGAUGGGACAGGGGACUUCAUCUGUGAAUCCCAUUUACGAGAAACCUGAGGAAAUCGAUGAGAUUGAUGGUAAAGAUUAUACCUUGAGCAUUCCAGAUGAAUGCCUUGCUUGUAUUUUCUACAGUUUGGGCUCAGGUGAUCGAAAGAAAUGUUCGUUGGUCUGCAAAAGAUGGUUCUACGUCGAGGGUUCAAGUCGCCAGCGCCUGUCUUUGGAUGCGAGGUCAGAUAUAUCCACAGCGAUCCCUGGGCUGUUCAGCCGAUUUGACCAUGUGACCAAGCUGGCCCUCAGGUGCGACCGUAAAAUGGUAAGUAUAAAUGACGAUGCCCUCAUUCAGAUAGGAAUUUAUUGCAGAAAUAUCCAGAAAUUAAAAUUGAAGGCGUGUAGAGAAUUGUCUGAUGCUGGGGUUGAGGAAUUUGCAAAACGUUGCAGUAAUUUAACGAAACUGUCUUGUGGGUCUUGUACCUUUGGGGCUAAAGGCAUGAAUGCAAUCUUGAAAUACUGUGUGGGUUUAGAAGAGCUUUCUGUGAAGAGAUUGAGGGGUUUGGCUGAGGGGAAUGUGGAGGCUAUUGGGCCUGGUUGUGCCAAAUUAAAGAGGAUUUGUUUGAAGGAGCUUUAUAAUGGGAAGUAUUUUGGACCCUUGAUUGCUGGUUCCAAGAAUUUGAAUACCUUGAAGCUGUUUAGAUGUUCAGGGGAUUGGGAUAAGUUGCUUGAGGUUAUUACCGAUCAUGUCAAUGGGCUCGUGGAGGUGCAUCUGGAGAGGUUGCAGGUGAGUGAUAGGGGGUUAAUGGCCAUUUCUAAGUGUUUAGGAUUGGAGAUCUUGCAUUUGGUUAAGACUCCAGAGUGUACCGAUAUUGGGCUCAUUAGUAUUGCUAAUGCUUGUAAGAGUUUGAGAAAGUUGCAUAUUGAUGGAUGGAAGACAAAUAGGAUUGGGGAUGAGGGGCUCAGCGCGGUGGCUCGGCGGUGUUCGAAUUUGCAGGAGUUGGUUUUAAUUGGAUUGAAUCCGACUUCUACGAGUUUGGACCUUUUGGCUUCCAACUGCCUGUCUUUGGAGAGGUUGGCUCUUUGUGGCAGUGAUACAAUUGGUGAUAGAGAGAUCGGAUGUAUUUCUGCCAAGUGUGUUGCUUUGAAGAAGCUCUGUAUCAAGGGAUGCCCUGUGUCGGAUGAGGGGAUCGAGUAUUUGAUUGGUGGUUGUCCUAAGCUUGUUAAGAUCAAGGUGAAGAAAUGCAGGGGAGUGACUUGUGAGGGUGCAGAUAAGCUGAAGGCCAACAGAGGGUCUCUAGCUGUUAACCUGGAUUGCAUGCCUCUGACGACUCCGAAUCUGAUUGUAGGGGAAUCGUCGGAGAUGGCCGGAACAAGCGUACAGGGGGGCAGCACACUGAAUGCCUCUUCAUCCAGUAGAGUUUCUUCUUCCCUAUCCAAGGCCAAGUUUUCACUUUUUGCAGGGAGGAACUUUGUGGCCUGUGCUUUUCUAAGAUUGUCCAAUGGAUCUAGUGGAUCCAAUGGAUCGUAAUUGAAUAUCUGUAGGGGCUUCAAUUGUUUGCAUUGCUGGAUGCAGAAGGCUGGUCCGUUUGUUACUUUUAUUUUUCUCGAAUUGCCAAAUUGGGAAGCACGAUGAAGCUAGUAAUCUGGCUUAAAAAGGGGUGAUUGUACAUCACAAUAGGAUGGUAUUUUCAGUGGAUAUUUCAUAUUUGGCAUGAUGUUCCUUGAUGCAGGGUGUAGAUAUUUGCUCUGCCUCCAGAACAUUUAUCUUGAAGAACUGAAAAUAUUUGUUUACAGUUACACCAAAUAUCCAAUCUUUUGGGUUAACAUUGAUGAAUUAUGCAGUUUGUUUGUCUGGUUGUAGAGAACAUAUAUGUUCACAGCGUUCAUUUGCACAGCCAGGCUUUCAGUUAAAAACCUUUUGGAUUGAUUAAGCAGCAGGUAGGUAGUCUUCUGAGAAAAGAAUUUCUGCUUGCUAGCCCUGGAUUUCAUAAAAGGCUUGAUUGAGUCUUGUGCUUCAAUUUGAGUAGAUGCAAUAUAAUCAUUGCAAAGAAGGGAUUGCAUUCUGGAAUGCUUGCAGAAUAAUGGAAAUGCUUUUUCAUCAUAUACAAUGUUUGUAAGUCCUGUGGUUACAAGUUGAUUUCUUAUGCAAGGUUUUUACGUACAUUUUCUAUAUUA